AUGAUUAAUAAACGAAAAAGAGAUUCAAUAGAAUGUCGCAAAUCUCCAAAGAUAGUUAAAAAUAAAGAAGUUACAGCUCUACCACUAGAUACAGAGGAGCUGUCACUGUAUUACGUUGAUCAAUUACAAAAUACUAUAAAAAUAUAUAGAGAUAUUAUAGAUAAACUUAAUAAGGAUAUUGAUGAUUUGACCAAUUUAGAUGCGGAAUCUUACAAUUUAGAAUUUAUAGAGAAUCUGAAAGAAGACAAAGAAAUAAUAAAAGAUGACUUUGAGAAAAGUGAUGUUGAAGGAAAUAAUAUAGAUGGAAAUGGUAAAUUUAGAAUAUUAAUAAAAAGGCUUCAUAUAUUACUUAAGAAACGUAGUGAAGAAUCUGUUGUAUUGGAGAAUGAGAUAAAACGUCUUAAGAUGCAGAAUGUACUAUAUAAAACCCGUUACAAAAAUAUUGAUAAUACUUGUGAAUCUAAUAUACAAUCUAUUAAUAAUUCGAAUGUAAAUAGUGAAGUAUUUACACCUUCAAAAGAUAAUGAGGUUAUAAAUAUAAAUAAGGAAGAUAUUAAUGUAAAGCUAAAUAUAAAGGAUAAAAUAAUAUCAGAUCUUCAAAACAAAGUUAUUGAUUCACAAAAUAAACUAUGUGAAGCUUAUAAAAAACUUUCAUUAUUAGAGCCUUGUGGAGAUUACUCAAAUAUAGAUGAAUUGUUAUUAUCUAUAGAAGAUAAUCCUCAAAUAAUGACUUUAGAUCAAAAGAAUGAGAUUGAAACAUCUACAAUAUUAAAUAAUUCUGAAGAAAAUGAUGAAUAUGAUACUUUAAAUAAUUUAGAUCAUUCAUAUAAUUUUUGUAAAUGUGUUGAUAUAAUUUUAGUUCGUGUAAAUGAACUUCAAGAACAAUUAAAUAAUAAAGAAUCUGUUUUAAGAGAUAUAAUUAGGAGUAAAGUAUUAAACCAAAUAAAUAGGAGUAUAGAGUUACAUGAGGAAUGUGAAAAGAAAAGAGAAGCAUUAUUAAAUGAAUUAAAUGAUCUUAAAAAUAAAAAUAAUGAAUUAAAACUUUGUAUUAUUGAUAAGGAUCGAUUAUUUAGACUUAUGGAGAAUAAAUACAAAGAAUCUGAAAAUCGCUUAAGUAGUUUAAAAGAUUGUUUUAACAAGUCUCAAUUGAAAAGUUGCAAUAGUUGCAGAGGUAUUUCAAAAUUAUGUGUAGAUACAACUAAAGAUAUAUCAGAUGAAUAUAAAGAUCAACUAGAAAAUAUUAUGAAUGAAUAUGAAGAAUUAAGUAGUGCAUUUGAAGAAAAAUUAUUAGAAUGUGAUGAAUUAAGAUCAAAUUUAGAACAGAAGCAGGAUGAAUUAAUCAAUAUAAAUACAAAUAUUGAAGAACUCAAGAGUACUAUUCAAGAAGUAAAUACAGUAAGCUUAUUGUAUAACGAGAAACUUUCAUUGAUUAGACGUCAAUAUCAAGCAAGUGUGAGUCCUACAAUUUAUUCGUCUAAUCAAAUUAACUCAUAUAACAUAGAAGUCAACAACUUAAUUGAAACAAUGUGUAAGAAUUUGCAAGAAUACCUAGAGACAACAAUGAAUGAUGAUAAAUAUUUAGAAAAUAUAAAGGCACUUGAGACUAAGAUUUUAAAAUAUAGAAUUCAAAUGAGGAAAUUGAUUUUACAUAUUAAAUAUUAUAAAACAGAAAAUAACAAGUUAAUUGAUGAGAAAAAAGAGAUUAGUGAUAUUAAUAUGAAGAAUCAAGAAACAAUGAGUAUUUUAAGAAGUCGUAUACAAUAUGUAGUGAAUAAAGUACGAAAAUUGACUAAUAUUGUGAUAAAUAUUGAUGAAACCAAUGAUAAAGAUCUUGAUAUUGAUGAUCAUGAUAAAGUUGUGCAGGAAUUGAAGAAUGAAAAUAAGCAACUUUUAACACUUAUGCAGUGCUCUGUUUGUCAUGAUAAACUAAAAGAUAUUGUAAUCCAGCGUUGUGGGCAUCUAUUUUGUAAGGAUUGUAUUGACAAAAGCUUUACAUCAAGAAAUAGAAAAUGCCCCUUGUGCCAUACAACAUAUGACAAAUAUGAUAUUAAAAAAAUCUUCUUUGAUUGA